AUGACAAAAGUAGUAGAAAUAAGCUUUGCUUUCAAAAGUGAAAAGACAAAUGAAUUACCAGCUUUCAAACCUGAUGGAUUUAGAUUUAAAACAUCUGAAAAAACAAUAAAAUUAAAAAGUGAUCAUAGUUAUAAAAUAACAAUUAAAACACAUCCAGCAACAGAUUUUAAUUUUCUAGAUAUUAAUGGAGAUAGAAUUGUCCUUCAUCCUGUUCAUCCGGCAGGUUCUGGAGAAUAUACAUGUACAUGGAACACAACUGGAAUACCAAUUACAAAUAACAAUAGCAGAAAAGAUUUAAUUUUAAUUUUAUCCGGAACUGGCGGUUGUAUAGAACGUACUUUUCAAACAAAAUUUUAUGCCGAAAAUGAUAGUCAUGCUUCUUCUGGAGAAAAACUUGAAACUGUAAUAUGGAAAUGUUCUGUUGAUACAUAUGGAACAAUAUAUGUGGCAGAGGAAAUUUUCAAAGGUGGGAAAAACCAUAUGGAAUAA